AUGGACGAGAAGUGGUUCUACAUCAGGAAGGAAGGUCAAACGUUGUACGUCCUCACCGGUAACAACGAUGUGCUGACCGAGGAGCCACCGGCCAACGUGGAAGAUCGUGAGGUGUUUGAGGCCGUCACAACCGACGGUUGGAGCAUCCGCCUAACGAACCAACCAGCGCAAAGCCCAGACCUGAACGCUCGGGACGUCGGCUUCUUCGACAGCAUUCAGUCGUUGCAGUCUCAGACGCGGCCACGUAACGUCGAAGACCUUAUCGAGGAAGUGCAUCUGGGGUUCGAGGCUACGAAGGCUACCACGCUAAAUAAGACCUUUGUGACCCUGCAGCUAAUGAUUCAGCAUAUUAUGCGCCGCUGUGGUGGCAACGAAUGUCGUCUCACUUACAUUAAGAAGGAUCACUUGUUGCGAGAACCUGCUGAAGGCGCUUUGGCCAUAUCCUCCGCCGACCAGCAGUAA